CGGUGGAAUAGGAUUCCCUAAUUCCGGAAUCGAUUCAAUCGCCAAAUCCGGUUCUCAAUGAAUUUGGAAGGCUAGAAUCAGAAAUCCAAUUCCGCCGUCUCUCCACCAUCCCUAAUCCGUCGAUCUCCACCAACGACCACAGCGGAAGCCUCACUUUUCUUCCGUUAGCCUGCUGAAAUCUAGGCCUGUCUAUCUGGAAUGGGCAGAGUGCCUGAAAGAGGUUCCAAAACCAAAAAACAUAAAUGGACUAGAAGAGAAGAUGAAGCACUGAUUUCAGCACUCACAGAGUUAUGUCAAACUGGUUGGAAAAGAGACAAUAACAUCUUUAGGAGUGGUUAUACAACUGUCCUGGAGAAAGAAUUGAAAUCUAAGCUUCCUGGAUGUAAUCUCAAGGCUAGUCCUCAUAUUGAAUCAAGGCUCAAAACAUUAAAGAAGCACUGUGAUGCAAUAACAGAUAUGAAAGAUGCAUUUGGUAUAGAGUGGAGAGGUACAGAGUGCACAUUAAUAUGCUAUGAUGAUGAUGUAUGGGAUGACUGGGUGAAGGAUCAUUCAGAUGCUAAGGGCUUGAGAAAUAAGCCAUUUCCUUAUUAUGAUGAGCUGUGCCUGAUAUUUGGAAAGAGCAGAGGCAAUCAAAAGAGUGUUGAAGAUGCAUCAGAUGCUAACAGAGCCCUGGACGUGUAUGAGACUAGUGAAAAUGCUGGUCAUAUGUCAAGAGAUGAACAGUUUAAUCCAAUAUACAGAACUAACGGAAAAGUGUUGGAGAAUGAGAACAAUGAGUCUGACCACGAAGAAGCAAACAAUCAUAAAGGGAAUGACAUGGCGGUUGAUGAUUCAAAUGAUGAUGAUGUUUUGGUAGAUGAUGUUGUAGGAACUCCAAUGCAGAUGCAUGGGUGCUCAACAUCUCCACAGGUUACAAACAAGAAGGCUCAAAGUAUUGGAAGUUGGUCGACUGGAAUGGAAGCGUUAGCCAAGAUUUUUGACACCAUGCUUAAAAGGCAUGAGGAGCAGUUUUCACUUCUGGCUGGGCUAGUGGGAAGAGAGGUGGCUGCAGAUAAAGCAGCAGCUGAUAAAAGAGCAAGGUUAAAUGGAGAGUUGAAGAGAAUACCAAAUCUGAGUCUACAAGCACGACUUCGAGCAGCAUCUGUAAUCGUCAGUGAUCCUGCCAAACUUGAUCUUUUUUAUAGUCUUUCUAAUGAAGAAAGAAAAGAGUGGGUAUCAAUGUUACUUUCAGGCCUUAUUUAGCCUCAUAGGAAGGUUGUCAUGAAACUUUUUUCAUUGACAAAUUAGUUAGAAAGUUCUCUUUAGAACUCAUAAUUUACUUUGACGAAAUGCAUGCUUUCAUCACAUGUCUAAUGGCUGUUCCGCGUAAUUGAUUUUAUCACCAAACACACACUUCUCACAGUUAGCUUCGAAGAUUUCCCUAUUUAUUUUAUGUGUACACCUGAAGCUUCACAACAGAGAUAAGUAUUAGAGCUUCAUGGGAACACAAAAGAUAUUGCCAGUGUUACUUAUCUUUCAAUAUUGGAUGUCUUUGUAAAUUAUAAAACAGUGCAACCU